AUGUCGACUCAACUGGGGAUCGCCGUCGCUCCUGAGCUUGUGGAGGCGUUUCAUUCGCUUGACCAACCCCUUGUUGUCGUUGUCAACGAUGACUCGACUCAGUUGGUGCCCGACACCGACUUCUCGGGCGCCGCGGGUGCCAGUCUUUCUGCCCACUUCGACACGGUGCACCAGUACGCCAAGUCCACCUACCCCAGCCCUCGCUACAUUAUAAUCCCCUCGGAAGAUUCGGGGAAUUAUAUAUUUAUCCUGUUCAUCCCCGAUGACGCCCACAUUCGCCAGAAGAUGUUGUACGCCCUGACAAAGAAUACCUUGCUUCUGUCACUUGGCCUGGGCAAGUUCCCCAAAAACAAGACCUUCGCUUGGACUGACCUUGAGGAGCUUACCCACCAGUACUACCAACGCAGCAUUGGUGACAACGAUACUGCCGGGGUCAUGACUGAGGACGAACGGGUGGUGUCCACCAUCAACCGCAUGGAAAACUUGGGGGUGGGUAACCGCCAAUUGGCUUCUAUGGGGACUCAGGAUAACCUUUUGUACCCGUUUGAGCUGUCACUCGAACUGGCAUUUGCCGAUUUCAGCAAACAAGGCCAAGUGGUCGUGUUCAGAAUUGACUUAGACCGCGAACAAUUGGCAUUGCAAGGGUCUAAAUCGGCGGUGACUCCUGAGUCGUUGGUGUCGGUGUUGGAAGCCCACACCUCCGACGAUGUCCAACCGCAGUAUGCAAUUUAUCAGUACACCGACGGCAACACCGCUUUCAUCUAUAGCUGCCCUCUGGGGUCGAAGGUGAAGCAAAGAAUGCUAUACGCGUCUUUUAAGCUGGGAUUGAUCAACCACUUGAAACAGCUGGGAAUCGAUAUCACAAAAAACAUCGAAGUCGGUGACUUGGACGAGUUAGAGACCACUCAGUUCAAUCCUGUCUCUGAUACCGUCAAGGACGAAAACAAGGUGGGCUUGAAGUUUAACAAGCCUCGUGGCCCGAGAAGACGGUAA